GAUCAUAUCACGCUGAAGUUUCAGCACCUGAACGUUUCUACUUCCGGUUCACAUCGACGCAACCUCUGUGUAGCCAUCUGGGAUUUGCUGUUCUGUCGUGUUCCCUUAUUAUAACCAAACGACCUCCUUCAAAACAUUUUCAUAGAAUACGACAAAUUACUACUGACUGGAGGCCAACGCAAUCCAAAACAUCAAGUCAAAGAGUAGAACGUGGAAAAAAGGAGAGGAAAUCCAGGUCACGGCGAACAACUGAAAAACAAAAUGAAGGGUCCCGCAGCCGUAACUGUAGAAGAUCUUCACCCUGAGAAGCCCGACCCCAUCCACGUUAAACAGGAGGAGGAGUCCGACAUGCCGUGGAUCAAACGAGAGGCGGAGCCAGAGACCCCUGACAUUAAAGAAGAAAAACAGGAAGUUGAAAUCCUCAAGUUUCCAAUGGGUGUCGGUGUGAAGAGCGAAGAAGACAAAGGACCAAGCGAAGAGAGCGGAGCAGCGAACCCUUUGAGCGACGGCUCAUUUCAACACGUGACAACAAAAGGAGAGGGACGAUCGCAACCGGAUGGCCUCUCAGCUCCUCUUUCGGACAGCAACGACAUAAUGUCACAUUCUUCUGACUUUGACCAAAAUGCUUCAAACCCCUUAGACAAGUCAUCAUUUAAAAGAGACUCAAAAGAAUGUACGGUUGGGAAACCUUUUCGCUGUUCGCUUUGUGAUAAAGCAUUUCCUUGGAAAUGCAAGUUAAAGGUACACAUGCGUACACACACUGGAGAGAAGCCUUUUGCCUGCACACUUUGUGGUAAAAGAUUCACCAAUAAGGGAGUUUUAAACAAGCACACAAGCAUACACACUGGAGAGAAGCCUUUUUCCUGCACAGUUUGUGGUAAAAGAUACUUAAUGAAGGCAUAUUUAAAAAGUCACACAAGAACACACACUGGAGAGAAGCCUUUUGCCUGCACAAUUUGUGGUAAACAAUUCGCCUAUAAGGUAAGUUUAAACAUUCACACAAGCACACACACUGGAGAGAAGCCUUUUUCCUGCACAGUUUGUGGUAAAAGAUACUUAACGAAGGGAUAUUUAAAAAUUCACUCAAAAACACACACUGGAGAGGAGCUUUUUGCCUGCACACUUUGUGGUAAAAGAUUCACCAAGCAGGGAAAUUUAAACAGACACACAAAAACACACACUGGAGAGAAGCUUCAUCCCUGCACACUUUGUGAUAAAAAAUACUUCACGAAGGCAAAUUUAAACGUUCACACGAAAACACACACUGGAGAGAAGCCUUUUGCCUGCACAGUUUGUGGUAAAAGAUACAUCGAGAAGGGAGGUUUAAAAAGACACACAAGCACACACACUGGAGAGAAACCUUAUGCCUGCCCACUUUGUGAUAGAAAAUACUCCACGAAGGCAAAUUUAAUCAUUCACACAAGAACACACACUGGAGAGAAGCCUUUUGCCUGCACACUUUGUGGUAAAAGAUACAUCGAGAAGGGAGGUUUAAACAGACACACAAGGAUACACACUGGAGAGAAGCCUUAUGCCUGCCCACUUUGUGAUAGAAAAUACUCCACGAAGGCAAAUUUAAUCAUUCACACAAGAACACACACUGGAGAGAAGCCUUUUGCCUGCACACUUUGUGGUAAAAGAUUCACUCAGAAGGUACAAUUAGUAUCGCACACAAGAAACCACACUGGAGAGAAGCCUUUUUCCUGCACACUUUGUGGUAAAAGAUUCACCAAUAAGGGAGUUUUCAACAAGCACACAAGCAUACACACUGGAGAUAAGCCUUAUGCUUGCACACUUUGUGGUAAAAGAUUCACCAAUAAGGGAGUUUUAAACAAGCACACAAGCAUACACACUGGAGAGAAGCCUUUUUCCUGCACAGUUUGUGGUAAAAGAUACUUAACGAAGGCAUAUUUAAACAUUCACACAAGAACACACACUGGAGAGAAGCCUUUUGCCUGCACAAUUUGUGGUAAACAAUUCGCCUAUAAGCAAAGUUUAAACAUUCACACAAGCACACACACUGGAGAGAAGCCUUUUUCCUGCACAGUUUGUGGUAAAAGAUACAUCGAGAAGGGAGGUUUAAACAGACACGCAAGGAUACACACUGGAGAGAAGCCUUAUGCCUGCUCACUUUGUGAUAGAAAAUACUCCACGAAGGCAAAUUUAAUCAUUCACACAAGAACACACACUGGAGAGAAGCCUUUUGCCUGCACACUUUGUGGUAAAAGAUUCACUCAGAAGGUACAAUUAGUAUCGCACACAAGAAACCACACUGGAGAGAAGCCUUUUUCCUGCACACUUUGUGGUAAAAGAUUCACCAAUAAGGGAGUUUUAAACAAGCACACAAGCAUACACACUGGAGAUAAGCCUUAUGCUUGCACACUUUGUGAUAAAAAAUUCUCCUCGAAGGGAAAUUUAAACAUUCACACAAGAGCACACACUGGAGAGAAGCAAAUAAAAAUGAUAAUAUAGUAUAAUAUAAUAAUAAAUAAUAGCAACACCAUUAAUUAAAUAGAAAAUAACCAAAUAACCAUCUCCGAGUUCUUCACAGAAAAAGGCCAGGAAAUAAAUAACACUAUUGAGAAAAAAAAUAAAAAUAAGAAAAAAUUCAAAAUGCUCUCUGGUAUUGUUCACGGAGCCGUAUCCGGCCUGCGGGCCGUAGUUUGGGGACCCCUGUGUUAAAUUGUAUUAUUUACCAUUAUAGAGACCCUACUCACUUACGUCACAAAAUGACGUGUCGCUGUAUCCAACUGCCAUAUUGUCCGUCAUUUUUUAGCCCUAUUCUCAAUGUUUCCAAUUAGUCGUGCAAUUUAUAGAGCAGGCCCCGGUGUUAUCUGAUGCUGUAAACUCAUUGGAUGCGUUGCAUAAAAGGCGUUAUGUGGAAAAGCUUCAGUUUAUCCAUUUGCCAGAUCCAUAUUUGAUGCCUAAAUCGAUGUUUUUCGACCCACUGUCUUCGCCGUCUCUGCCUGACAUCUGCUACCCUGAUAUUUACAACUAUCUUGUCCACACAAAAUCAGCCUAUUCUCACGAAAGUUUGAAAAACUUUAAGAGCUUGGAGGCUUAUAAAUACUUCGUUAAAUUUACGUAGCGGCAAUGCGUCAACACGACGAGUUGACGGACAAUAUGGCGCGGGGGCGUGGUUGUGACGUCAUGGUAAAUGGUGUUAUACUUAUAUAGCGCUUUUCCACUGGUGUUAUACUUAUAUAGCGCUUUUCCACCUUUCAAGGAGCUCAAAGCGCUUUACACUAUCUAGCCAUCUACCUACUGGUGACGCAGCACCAGGAGCAAUGCGGGGUUCAGUAUCUUGCUCAAGGAUACUUAGGCGAGUUCAUCAGGAUGGAGAAUCAAACCCACAACCUCUGGGUUGGGGGACAACUACUCCACAUCUGAGUCACGCCAUCCACCACUGAGCCACAACACCCCCGUCAUGUGAGUAGGGUCUAUUGAAAUGCAUCCCUUUUAGUUUUUAUGGUGCUUUCACGCUCAAGUGGGGGCGCCCUUGCGCUUCCCCACGUGAAGAAGAGCGCGCUUCCACGCGAAGAAGAAGUGCCGCAUCCAAGUGAGUGAGCGAGUUAGUGAGAGGGAAUUACUGCUACGAGCCUACGUUCUUUGUUAAUGUUUGUAAAUUAUCUACAGAGGCAACGCCUGUAUGCAUCAUCUUUUGUGUUGUUGUGUGUUUCCACUCGCGAUCGGACACUUAAAUCCAGUUGUGUAAUGGUUUGAACGAUGUGCUAAUGCUAGCGAACGCAUGCUAACAGUUUUUGUUAUUAAUGUAUUAUAAGCUAAUCUUCGCUGAUUUACGUUGAUGCAAACCUGUUUGUUAUUGGUAACAAAACUGAUUUGUUUCAUUUCUAUUUUUAGUUUCACUCUUCAAGAUGGUUGAAUAAAGUCAGCAAAUUAUACCAACAUCUUCUGUAUCAUCAUUUGGGAGUUUAGCUAACUGUAUGGCCAGGACUAAGCCUUAGCGUCUCGGUGAGGACAUUGCAGUCGUAUUCCCUUCCGAUGCAGUUAUCUCCACCUUGCAAUGACUGCAAGUCGCUUUGUUGUAAUUUUUUCUCGUGAAGUGAAGACACACUUUCGAGCGAUUGAAGUUGUUGAACCAACGUUCUGUCAUUGUUAUAUUUACGGUUGCAAUGCUCGUCAAGUGAAGUGUAGCCAAACUUUGGAGCGAGUGGUUCUUGGCGCCAUGCUAGUUUGAUGCGUCUGGACAACAAGACACGUCACGACGCAAUAUGCAUCUUUAGGAAUCAUUAAAGGGAUCGUUAAGGCUUUUUCAUUGUGAUGUCGAGGCCUUGAAACACUAGGAACGGGUUCGGAAUUGGAAUCGGAUUUCGACUCCCAUCCCUAAUAAAAACAGAGACUGAGAGCGGUUGAAGAAUAAGGAUAUCGACUCUGUGUUCAUCUAACAAGGCUCAAGUUUCACACUGAGUAAGUAUACAUAUUGAGAAAUUAUUUUAUAAUUAAAUUAUACUGUGCAGAAAAUAGUUUUGGAACAUUUUCAGUUUGUGUUGUGCCGCGAGAUUUUUUCCAAUGUAAAAACGUGCCUUGAGUCAAAAAAGGUUGAAAAACACUGCCAUAGACUGUAUCACCAUAUGCUCAAAUAUGGACUGUUAUGUUCCGUUGUUUUUCAACAUGCCUUAAAUGAAUCCAAGGAAGGACUGUUUUCUUAUCUUCGUUCCACCCGGCACCGGUGUUCAAGGUCUCAGCUCAAAGAUGUUUUUGUAUGGAAAAAUACCAAGGUUUGUGAGAUGAUGAGUUUAGUUUCUAUGAUGUAAACCCAUGAAUAGAGGCAUGCCCUGCAUUUCUCUUUUGUCCACAUGCGGAGAGGCAUUUUGUGCGUGGCU